AUGGCUCUCCGGAACCGCUUCAUCAACCCCUUCGCGGCCAAGGGCGCUGUCGAGGCACAGUCCGAGACUGGUGCCCUUGAUGUCGAGACAACUGCAGAGUUGAAGCACCCCAUUGACCAAGCACAGGAGACCGAUCGCUCCUCGCAGGAUGAUACAAUCAUCGACGACAAAGCGCAGUCGGGUACCCAGAAGGCGCAGGCCAGCACCCAAGCCUGGACGAGGAACACCCUGAUUGCAGCCUACAUCCUGGCUUGGAUCGUCAACUUCCUCGAAUACUUCAGCUCCGGCCUCCUCGGCUCUCUGUCCCCCUACAUUUACAGCGGCUUCGCCCUGCACUCCCUGACAGGUCUGACCUCGGUCAUUGCCUCGUUGAUCUCCGCGAUGGUCAAGUUUCCUUACGCAAAGCUCAUGGACAUCUGGGGCCGACCGCAGGCCUUCGCCGUCGCCGUGGGCUCGCUGACGUUAGGGCUGGUGAUGAUGGCAGCCUGCAAGAACGUGCAGACCUACUGCGCUGCGCAGGUCUUCUACCAGAUUGGGUUCAGCUGCAUCGACUUCUCGAUGACGAUCUUCAUCGCCGACACGACCGCCCUGAAGAACCGGGCGUUCUGGAUCGCCUACGCCUCGUCGCCGUACCUGAUCACUCCCUGGAUCUACGGGUACGCGGCCGACAGGAUCGUCGCCCCCGGGGGCAUCGGCUACCGCUGGGGCUUCGGGGUGUUCGCCAUCAUCAUGCCCAUCGUCUGCGCCCCACUGUGGGGACUGUGGUACUACAUCCAGAAGAAGGCCGAGCGGAUGGGCCUGACGGAGAAACGCGAGCGCAGCGGGCGCACGCUGGCGCAGUCGAUCGUCCACUACGCCAUCGAGUUUGACGUGGUGGGGCUGCUCAUUAUCGCGACGGGCUUCUCCCUCUUCCUGCUGGCCUUCAACCUGUACUCGUAUCAGGCCAACGAGUGGCGCUCGCCGCUGAUAAUCUGCUUCAUCAUCAUCGGCGCCCUGCUAAUCCUGGCCUUUGUGGCGUGGGAGCGCUUCUGGGCCCCCGUGCAGUUCAUGCCCUGGGCGCUGAUCCAGGACCGCACCGUCGUCUUCACCUUCUCCAUGGUCGUUUCCCUCUACCUGGCCUGGUACAUCUGGGACAGCUACUUCUACAGCCUGCUGCAGGUCGUCUUCAACCAGACCGUCACCCAGGCCACCUAUAUCUCGAACAUCUACACGAUCGGAUCGUGCUUCUGGUGCCUGGUCUUUGGCGCCAUCCUGCGCUACCAGGGCCGCCUGAAGUACUGGGCCAUCUGCUUCGGCGUGCCCCUGACCAUUUUGGGCGUGGGCCUGAUGAUCAAGUUCCGCCAGCCCGACGUGAACAUUGGGUACAUCGUGAUGUGCCAGAUUUUUGUGGCUUUUGGGGGUGGCACCCUGGUCAUCUGCGAGCAGAUGACGGUCAUGGCCGUGUCGGCGCAGCGCAACAUCCCGGCUAUCCUGGCCAUCGAGGGCGUCGUCGCCAGCAUUGGUAGCGCCCUGGGCGGGACGGUGGCUGUCGCCAUGUGGACGGGCAUUUUCCCCGUGAAGCUGCGGUCGCUGCUGCCUGCGUCCGCGCAGGCCGACUGGGCGACGAUCUACGGCUCGCUGGACGUGCAGCAGUCUUACGCUAGAGGCACCGCCACCCGCGAUGCCAUCGACUCUGCCUAUGGCGAGACCCAGCGGCUGAUGCUGAUCACUGCGACGUGUCUGUAUCUGAUCACCUGGUCGUCAUGUUUCUUCUGGAAGAACAUCGAUGUCAAGAAGAUGAAGCAGCAGGUGCACGGGGUGCAUUUCUAG